CCCCAACAUGAGUUACGUACUGCAAUCAACAAAAUGGUCAUCUGUUCCAGUGGAUCCGGACAUCCAAAGCCUGAUUGCAUCUUUCUAUGAAUUAGCAGACAAUAAGGCCCCAGACGCUGGCCCGCUACUCGCACGUGAGGUGUUUGCUCCGACCGGGAAGCUGGUUGCUUCCACCGGGACUUUUAACGGCACUGAAGAGAUUUCUAAAAGCCGUGCUAAUGCAUGGGGCAAAGUGAUUGCAAGGAGACAUCAGGUCCUCCAGGUUUUUACCAAUGAUCGCGAAGGCCACGAUCUCAUGAUUAUUGGCGUUGUGAAAAUGACUCUGUGGAACGGUGAAAGCCUUGAAAUGCAGUUUGCAAGUCGAUUCGUAGUGGAUGGUAGCAGUGUCGAGAGCAAUGAUCCCCGCCUGAGCCUUGUUCAGGUUUUUGCGGAUAGCUCUCCGCUGGUUGCCGCUCUGAAGGAAGCCUGAUUAGCCAUGGUUGGAUGGAACAUGGUCAAAAGAUCUCCAGGUAUCUUAUUCUCAGUACUUAGCAACAAUCACCC